GAAACUCGCAUACCAGUGCCCCACCGCUCUAUCGACCAAGAAACAAAGAGCCAAGACGAUCUCUUUAAGUUGUUAUCAGAACGUCGGCUUAAGCAAAUGGCCACCACUGCAACUUCAUCGGUGACAUCCACCGCAUCCACUGCUUCCUCUUCGGCCACCCAAUCCACGAAAGAGAGUGAUGCCUCUUUAGAUAAACUACCUGGGUUUGGUCACACUUGUCUUCAGAUCACCUGCCGCGCAGACGGUCAAAUUCAUUUCGGCGAAGCUGAUCCUGGCACACAGAUGCUUCGCAUAUACAACGCUUCAGAUCAAGUGAGUUUUUAUUCUUUUCAGCAUCCAGCUUAUUUUUGA